UGUAAAAGGCAAAAAAAAACUUUAAAUAUUUCAAUAUUCAUUCAGUUAAAUUUUUAAAUAAUCAUCUUAAACUAAAAUACCACUAAGUUCAAGAAAAUUUGUGACGACAGUGAAAUGUAAUAAUUAUUAUAGGUAGAAGUUGUUACUAUCAAUGUUUUAUUUCCUAAACAAACGUAAAUGGGCAUGGGCAGAACUAAGCGAAGAAGGAAAAGGAACAAUAAACAACAUUUCCGUGUUUGUUGCUGUGAUGAUGAAGUAAUACGAUUGAACUCAUGGCUUAUCAAACAAGGUGUACGUCGUAGUAAAAAGUUAAAACUAGCUAUAUUUAAAGAAAGUGGCCGGGGUGUUCUCACAAAAAAGAAUAUUCGGGCUGGAGAAGAGCUCAUAAAUCUUCCUUUACAUUCAACAAUUAAUGUAACCACUUUGUUACUAGAUCCAUUAUUUUGUAGUAUAUUUAUAGAUAACAAAAAACUAUGCCUACAAGAGUUUGAAAGGAGUGUGUCAUUCCAAUCUCUUAUAGCUUUUUACAUUUUAUUUUUAAAAGUACAAGGUGCAGAUUCUUCUUGGCACAUUUACUUAAACAGCUUACCCAAAACAUACACAGUUCCAUAUUUUUUAUCUAAUGAGUUAACAUGCUUGGUUGAUGCAGAAAUAAGAGCUGUGAUUAAUAACCAGAAGGAUAUAAUAGACUCAUCAUUUAAUAUUUAUCGAGUUGUUCUAAAUGAAACUAACAGUAGAAAUACACUUGUAAAAGAUUUUGUAAAGCAUUUCAAUAGAUCAGAGUAUGAAUGGGCAUAUUUUACUGUAAAUACAAGAUGUGUAUAUAUGGAUUUAUCCAAUUUGAUAAAUUUAACAAAUAAAGAUAAUACAAUAUUAGCUUUAGUUAAAGAUAGCACUAAAAUCUCGUUGUGCCCCUUUUUAGAUAUGAUAAACCAUAGUCCCACUGCUAAAAAUGAAACAAAGUUACUAAUUAAUACUAACAUAGAAAAUAUUCCUGUCGAAACAUUGACAGAAAAUGUGUUUUCAGAUGUUAGAUUUUCAAUAUUUACAAAGAAUAAUUUUCAGAAGUUCAGUGAAGUUUUUAUAUGUUAUGGAGAUAGCUAUAAUUUAAAACUUGUGACUGAGUAUGGUUUUUAUUUACCCAUGAAUGACUUAGAUUAUGUGGCAUUUGAAUUUGAGAAAAUUAAAAUAUUCCUAAAUCUGAUGAAAGUCAAACUUUCCUCAGACCAAUUAGAUUUUAUAAACAAACAUGGUUUAUACAAAGAUUUGUAUAUAGAUUUUAGAGGUCUUAGUUUUAAUUUAUGUGGUUUGUUGAUGGUUGUAAAACAUUAUUAUGCAAAAGAUGUGAAUGUUAGUAAACUGUUGUAUUCGGCUGCUAUCCAAUCGAAUGAUAAGACUCUAACAGAUGUCAUCAAGCCCAUGGUUAAAGAGAAACUGAAUGACUUAAAGCUUGCUGUUAAUAAAUUAAAGUCAUAUAAUGAUUGUGUUAUUUUAAAUAAUUGUGUAGAGCUCAUGUGUCAAUUUAUAAGAAUUUUAGAGAAGUUCAUUAAAUGUUAGAUGUGA